AUGUCUGCCCAAAAUAGCAGAUUCACUAGAAGGACGAGAGUAGAGGAUUAUUAUUCUGAUGACGAACCAUAUAAUCAAAGUCCUUCUCCUGCUCAACAAAAAAGAGCAACUUUUGCGAAAAAUCGUCCUGUAAAUAAACCCUUUCGACCGAUAAGACGAUAUCCUAUUUAUGAGCAGUAUUCUUCAAGUGAAGACGAUGACGGCGAUGAAGAUGAUGAAGAGCUACAAAGAACCAUGCGCGAUAUUCGCCUGGAAGACCUUGACCCUCACAAUGGACCACAUGGCCCUGAAUACUUUAUACCUCAUCGAUCAUCUCGAUUCAUGGCUGACGAAGAUUAUCAAUAUCCCCAUCAUCUUGUACCACCACCCCCUCCUCCACCAAGCAGAGAAAGACAUCCUCAUUCAUGGUAUCCCAUGAUGGAUGAUAUCCCACGCAGUAGAAGAUCACAACACUUGCGGUAUCUGGAUUUACCCUUUCUGCAUAGGCCAGCAUCAGCAAGGUUACGCAGUCGAAAUUGGCCCAAUCAACAGAGACCUGUUCGAUUGCAACAAGAACUGCUUUUACCUCAUGACGAGGAUAGCUCGGAUGAAGACGAACAACAACAACAGCAACAAAGACGACCUAGCCUAUCAAGGCAAAAUAGUACCGCAAGCACAUCAUCAAGGGGCCCUUACGGACGCAGAAGAGCAAAUUCUGUAUCAUCAAUGCCACCUCUUCCUCCUCCAAAUCGCUUCAUACAUUCUCCUGGAUUACGUCCAUACAAUUCGCCUGGAUACCUGCAUCAGUCUGUUCACAGUGUUCCAACUAGUCCUCUAGAGUCAUCUGAUGAAGAAGAGGAUGAUAUCCCAAAUGUUCCCAGCAGAAGACGUCCCAGUCUUUCACGUCGCGGGAGCGAUACUAUGGCACCACCGCCAAGGCCAAAGAUGGGUAGAAGUCUGUCAUUUCAAGGAUUUCCUUCAAAUAAUCAAAACAUGCCACUACCACCUCCUCCACCAUUACCACCUCAUCCUUCCAUGAUCUUUCCUCAACCUAUGCCACAUCCGGCAAUGGAUCAAAACAACCCAAUGUAUAACGCCGCCGCCGCUGCCGCCGCCGCUGCUGCUGCCAUGGCGCCCAAACCUGGAGACUUUUACGAUACACAUCCGCCUCCACAAGAAAGAAAUCCUAGUCCAAUGACACCUGGUGACCAACACAGUAGGAUGCCACGCCCAAUGCCUUGGCCACCUUUGGGCCCAGGCUUUCCAGGCUCUCCUUCGAACGGUAACUUUGCACAUCACCCUCCUAUGCCCAUGAUGGGCUUACCAAUGUUUAAUCCUGUCAUGCAAGGCCCUCCUCCUCCACUAUGGAAUUUUUUAUCACCAGGACAUGAUACCUGGCCCGGUGCUGCAGAGUUUCCGUUCCCGGUCACGGGCGAUCCUGGUUUAGGCCAAGGUCCGUCACCGCCAUCAAGUCAACCAAACCAAGAAGUAAAGAAUGAAGAAGAGGUACUUCAAGCCAAACCAGAAUCUACGAUCGUACCACCUGCACCAGAACCAAGAAGUAUGCAGCCUCCUGUCGUCCCCGAACCAAUGCUUCGGAGAGGCUUGUCGUUCAUUAGUGGUCUCUUUGGCAAUGGCACAGGACGUAAGGAGCCAUCCUUCAGACCAUUUUCAGGAGAUGAUCCCAUGCCUUUUGUUCAUCCAGGAGGAUUUACAACUCCAGCACAAGCUCUAACGAGAUCUAAUAGCAAGAAAGAACUCAAAAAGGCUCAAGAGUAUGAAAAGCUCGGUACCUUUUGGUGCUGGAGGAUAUUGCCGCCACAAAAUCAAGAAGGAACCGCACAGAUGCCAGCACAGUUCCACUUUGAAUCCUUUAGCAUCGCAAAUCAGAAACUCAUCAAUCGAAAGAUUUCAAAGGGACAGACUAGUACCAUCUUUUUAGGAAGAGAAAAAAAGUUACCUGGCGUCAUCAUGAUCGAUGUGAACCAGUGCCGUGGUUGUUGUAUGAUAAAGGAUGGGCAUUUCUUACAACUAGAGCUGAAAAGAGAACAGUAUAAUGGAAAUGGAGAAGGGAAUAGAUAUAUCUUUCAUAACUCUACAGCCCCAGGUGGUUGGUAA